CAUUACGAGAAAUAGGAGGGCUAGCAAAGAAAGCAGUCAGUAGUGUGUCCCUUUAAGGCAGCAAGGAUCUUAACUAGUUUAAUGCACUGUAUGACUCGCUGGACAACCGUACUGCUUUGGGUUUGGACUACCAGUAAUAUUGACCUUGGGGUUUUAAAUAUAUAUAUUUUAUAAACAUUGUAACGUUUCAUUCUCCACGGGAGAACAAUUCUGUUUUUUUAAAAAGCCAUGGCUUCUGACGAGCUAGCAUCCAAGCUGACCCGCCGUCUGAAGAUCGAAGAAGGAGCGGAGGAGCCGGUGUCUCUGACCGGCACGCAGGAUGGGGUAGGCGGGCGAAGCGAGGAGGAGAAGCCGGCGACGGCGAAUGCAGACUCGGAGUUGGGGGCUAAGCUGCUGCGCAGGACGGAUAUCAACGAUGGGGUUGCAGAGCACCAGCAACCCAGUAAAAAGGUGUUCAACCCCUACACCGAGUUCAAGGAGUUUUCGAGGAAGCAAAUCAAGGACAUGGAGAAAAUGUUCAAACAGUACGACGCAGGGAAGGACGGCUUCAUUGACCUGAUGGAGUUAAAGCUGAUGAUGGAGAAGCUGGGAGCCCCACAGACUCACCUGGGCCUGAAGAACAUGAUCAAGGAGGUGGACGAGGACUUUGAUGGGAAGCUCAGCUUCCGGGAGUUCCUGCUGAUUUUCCGGAAGGCGGCGGCGGGUGAGCUUCCAGAGGACAGUGGUCUUCACGUGUUGGCGCGACUCUCUGAGAUAGACGUCUCCACAGAGGGGGUCAAAGGGGCAAAGACUUUCUUUGAGGCCAAAGUGCAUGCCAUCACCGAGUCGAACCGCUUCGAGGCAGAGAUCCGACAGGAGCAAGAGGAGAAGAAGAAGGAAGCCGAGGACAAGAAGCAGCGCCAAGCAGCCUUCAAAGACCUCAAGUCUGCCUUCAAGUGACGCCCGCUCGCACUGUCUUUGUGUUUUUUUUUUCUCUUAAAAUAAAUAAAUAAAUAAAUAAAUGAAAUCAAACAUCAAGGUCCAGGGGGUGGGUCGUGGGCAAGCCAGGAAAUCUGCAGGAUUUCUUUGGGGGGUGGGGUUGAGAAGGGGAGCUGUGAAAAGGUGUGGCUUUGCGAGCGCUAAAUGGGGUUUGUUGUUACACUCUUCUCUUCCUUGUAACUGACAGAGACUUGGACUAAAGAUUCUGCACCACGAUUUUAAAAAAGGCAUACCCAGGUUUGUUUUGGCACGCUUAUUGACAGUCCCUGAAAGACCUUAAUAAAACUUUUUUUUUUUACAUCUAGCUUUCCUUACAAUGUUUUUUAUAAUGGCUUUUAAGUCGACUCCCUUUUUUUCUCACUGGCUUUAGUAACACAACGGCCCCCGUACAGAGGCAUAUUCACUUUUUUUUUAACCUUCUGUUUCCUGGUACCUGAUUGCUUUCUGAGCUGUGGACUUUGAAAGGAAAUGUGACCUACAGCACAGGAAGUGAUUAAGUACCAGGAAAAUAAGUGUAACUUUUAAUGCAAAUCCUAAAACCAUGAGAUAAAACAUUGUAGCACAUGAAAAUAGGAAGCAAUUAAAAUGGCCUAGUACUAGGUAAGGAAAUAGAUUUUAAAACCUUUAUCAUUAUUUAGUUUUACAGAUAAUUUCCAUUUUGUUCCUAGAAGUCUGGUGUUGAGAAUUAAGGUCGGGGCAAUACAUAAACUACCUGCACUAAUGAUUGAGUAUUAUUGUAAAACAUGCAUGGAACUGAGAUACAAAGAAGUUAGAAUUCUUGUGUGUUGGUGAAAAUAUUUCUAGAAACUAAGUAGACAAAAUGUUGGUUAGUGCCUUCUGUCUGCGUAGUUUUUUUUUUACUUAACUUUGUCAGUGUAGUUUGAGAAGGAAAAACUAUAAGAAACAGAGUCUGGGCUCAGUCUAGAUCCUCAAUGUUGAUGAAACUGUCUGAUGUGUUGCCCCAGCUUUAUUGAAAACUCUUUAGUCUGUGUCUCAGUUUCCCUUCAGACCCUGUACCGUAUGUACCCCCCCCCGGCCUUGCAUACUGUCAUUUCUGUGAUGUCAUUUCCUGUGCCUACAGAAGCGUUUUCUGAAAAGCAAACAAAGCGCCAAACAUUGCUUCCAGCUGCCUCUGUGGUCACCACGGCGACCACUGCUGCAGACAACGCCUAAUGCACAUACAUACAGAACAAAGAGAAAUGCAAAAGAUUCUAGUGAAAUGUAAAAUGCCUAAAUUCUAUUUUUUAAUGUGAGGAUGGGGGACAAAUUAAAUAAAUACAUAUAUAUAUUGCAUGUGUGGUGGUGAUUUCUGGGGUGUUUUGCAUGACUGAUUUCACAUGAGGUUCUUGGCUUCACAUUCUUCCUUAUAAUACCAGUUUAGAUUAAUGCAGUCCUGCAGGUAUCCACUUUACCUCUUAUUCCAGUAUCUCUUUAAGAACGUUGUCUUGAUCUUAACCACCUCUGCUCAUAUUCAUAAAGUAUGGUAAUGUUUAAACCUGUGGUUAUUUUUAUCCCAUAUUCCUUUUUCAUUAUAUUUAUAAUACAUUUAAAUUUGAAACUCUGCUAACGAAAACACAAGUUGUUAAACAAAGGGAAGGGUUAAAGUAUUGCCCUGUCAAUAUGCAAUAACUGUAUACAUACUUGUAUUUGCUUUACCCACAUCUAGCUAAAAAUUGUGUUUUAGGAGUUGAAUUUGUAUAUAUAUAUUUUAUUGCUAGACACGCUUUGCAUGUGUGUAACUCAAUUUAAAAAACAAAAAACACGCUUUUUGAAUACUGUACCUAAUCUACAGGUAUAUCCAAAUUAAUUUAACAUUUUGUUUUGAUAGUACAGUGUGAAGCAUGAGGGCAAGGCUCAGGCAGAGGUCCUAUUACCUUUACCACAGGAAGUUGCUGUCCGUCAUCUGACUCAAAGUAAAAAUCAAGUCAGGUUUUAGUUGCAAACUUUUAUGUAUCUGACUGUUUCUGUCUCUAGUAGCUGGAAUGACAGGCAGGGUGGCAUGGUGGAUAACCAACCUGCUUUGUGAUAGAGGAGGACCAACAGUAACUCAUUCUAGCACCUGAAUCUGCCUGUGACUCCUGUCACCAGCCAGUGAUCAGUGAAUAAAAUUACAUUGCUGCUCUUUGUAACUGCAAUGGGAAUGUGGUUUAAGAGAAAUAACUCCCCUUCUGAGCCACUUAUCACAAAGAAGACCCUAACUGCUGGGUUCUGGGUCUUGUAUUGUGGUAAAGAGUGUAAGGUCUCCAUAGGAUUUACAAUCAUUCCAGAUGCUUUUUUUUCAACAAAAAGAUAUUCUGGCAUUUUUACCGGCCACUUAAAUAAAGCCUGCUAUCUAAUUUUGCAGUGUGGUGUUCUGCCAAUGCUAUUGUAUUGAAGGUGAGUGUUCUGCCAUCUGUAAGCUGUAUGCUUAGCAACCAGGGUAAAUAUCAAUAUUUUGGCAACUUACAAAACGGAAGAAGUGGGAAUGGGUUAGUGCUAAACCAAUUGGGAAACAUUUCGAAUUUUGCUUUACCAUUUAACCAUUACUAAAAAAACGCCACUGUAAUAUAUGUUCGCCUUAGUGUUUUAUAGUGUCCAUAUGCAUAGAAAUGUUAUUGAAGUAUGCAAAAAUGUCUCUCAAACACAGGGCUUCUCCACAUUUAGAAUAAGUUUGGACAUGUAUUCAUAAAGUUUAAGAAGAUAUUAAGCAGAAUCUCAUGCUAUAAUAUCUUGCUUUAGAUUAGGAAAGUGAAGGGACGAGUAUGGAAUAUAGAAUGGAGGUUUGAUAUCAUCUUCCUGUCUGGCAAGCAAGCAUAAAAACGUGUCAUGGAAAAACAAUGACAACAUGUAAUGUUUUUUUGUUUUUUAAAUGUUUUUCUAAAGGCAUGGACACCAUUUAAAAGCCAUCAAAAUGUAAUUUCUGUGCAUUCGUUUUAUUAAUACUGUACUUCACUGGUAUUGUGCUGGCUUGGGAAUAAAACAACAGCUGGUUACAGCCUGUUGACCUUGUGUGUUUAAUAAAGCAAAUUCUAUUUUUCAUGACAAAUGGUGUUUAAUUUUGUAAGGUAUAUGGACUGUAGUAUAGACCAAUUUCUGUUGUGUUUUUUAUCUAAGAGCCUUAUCUGUUGCUUGGCAACCUCUACAGUUUCUGUCAAGGAAGUCCUCCCACCCAAUCACAGUCUGCCAUUUUGGCCGUGACCAAUCACACGUGGCAGAGUUUGGAACUGGGCACGCCACCAAAUGGCUUCCAAUUGGGGAAGCAGAAGCUGAAAUUGGUUAAACUGACCUUGGCAUAGAAUAAGUCAACCAAAAUGAUAUCUGUGAACUGUAUUUCAAUAGAUAUAUUUUGGCAUCUCGUUGACAUAAGGAUACAGUAAAACCAUGGCUAUCUGUUUUUUGACUGUUGUAAGAAGUGCAUUGCUGUUUUCUUUUUACAAUGUCUGCAAUCAUUCUAAGUGGUUCUUGUUUCAAAUAUUCUGGGUUUUUUUUAUAUCGUGUUUUUGAAUUCAGGAGCUGCACUCCAGUUCUAGGUGUCUUCCAUAGACACAUGAAAUGUAAGCUAGAUCAGCACCAUCUGUGGCUCUUUUUGCCAGAAAACAAAAAUAAAUGUGACUGGUCUAGGUUACAUGCACCUUAACCUCGACUUUACUUUAAUGAAAAGUAAAAAACACAGUAAUUUAUUGCUAGAAGAACCACUAAAAGAUUGCAAAAAGCAUAAAAAGGAGGCAGAUUGAAGCUCAGAAGCUGACAUUGUAUGCUACUGCUCAAACAAUCUUAGAUAUACAUGUAUUUGUACAAAUACACACUGUUCAAACUUAGCUUGGAUAAUAGAGGUGGCAUUGUAUUACAGAAUAUGUAUUGCAUAAAAACAUGCUUACUGUAUCUGAAGUAUGAUCAAAUACAUUUGUGGUAUAUUUCAGCUAUAUAUAUAUAUAUAUAUAUAUAUAUAUAUAUAUAUAUAUAUAUAUAUAUAUAUAUAUAUAAUAUGUAUAGCUGAUAUCUUCUCUCCAUCUUGAUGUUGUUGCUGAUGGGAAAUCUGUGCCAAAUUGUGAGACUCAUUCCUAACCCAAGAGUCGUGCAUAUGGAUAAUUCUAUUAUAUGUGGAGUGGGUGUCUGGCUCUUGUUUAUUAUAUAAAAAUAAAAUAUGAUACUGUUGAGAUUAAAGCCUUUAUGUAGAUAACAAAGGAGCAAAAUAUAAAGAGUAUUUACUAUAAUGAUAACUUAAGAGUGCAUAAAGGGAACAAUGAGCUACCAGUGCUCUUGUGGUAUAUUCUCCAUGUUGUAUAUUGUCCCAUACAGAAUUUAAGAAAGUAUAUAAGAUCAGGACUCGAUGCAUUGUAGGGUUACAGUAAAAGGAGGAAUUUUUUAUUUGGCUCAAAUUCUGUCCAAAGUGUUUUUUUAUUUUCAAAUUCUUUGUGACUGUGUGUUCCAUCAUUCCCUGUGUUUCACUCUUCCUGUGCUGUGCUAAAGUCUAUAUUUUAUAUGGUGGUUAAUGGAUCAUCUUGUUGUGGGCUUUUUUAUUUUAUUUAAGAAGUAUGAAUUAUAAUAAUAAUAAUAAUUAAUAAUAAUAAUAAUAAUAAUGGUAAUACAAAUUUAUUUUUCAAUUCUUAUGGAAAAAUGUAUAAUUAUUCUUGUGGUAAUAAAUAAAAAGCAUCUAUAAUUUAAAUCUC